AGAGAGGGAAAGAGAAAGAGAGAGAAUCCUCCAUGGCUUCUUCUGCCAUCUAAGUUCCAACGCCCACCUACUGCGCCCUACCGUCUGAAACUGAAAUCUCCGCCGCCGGCGAUCCACAGAGGGAGAGGGAGAGGGAGAGAGCUAAAACGCCAUGGCUUUUGCCACUUUCACUAACCCUUCUCCUUUCUCUCUCUCCAACUUCAAUCAGAAUCGUUCAUUUCACUCGUCGCCGCCGCAUUUGCUUCGAUUGCGAAUCUCCGCUGCCCAUGCUUUCACCUCCUCUUCUUCCAGCAUCAAUGCCAAUGGUAUCUUCCUCACUCGUCGAUAUGACCGAUGUGAUCUCAAUAGCCGCCGACAGUUGUUUUUGGUGUCUUCUUCUGGUGGUGGUGGUGGCGCCGACGGCGGUAACUCUUCCUCGCACGGCGGCGGCGGAGGUGGCGGUGAUGAUCAUGGUAAUAAAGGUGAUUCUGAUAAUGCUGGUGAUAAGAACAGGGCGGAUGCGCUUUUGGUGUUGGCCGAGGCUGGUCGGUCACUGGAAUGCCUACCGAAAGACUUGGCGGCGGCGAUCGAGGCCGGCCGAAUCCCUGGAUCGGUGGUCACGAAGUUCUUGGAGCUCCAGAAGUCUGCUCUCUUCCGAUGGCUGAUGCAGUUUGGUGGAUUCAAGGAGCGGCUGUUGGCGGAUGAUUUGUUCCUAGCUAAGGUCGCGAUGGAAUGCGGCGUUGGGGUCUUCACCAAGACUGCUGCAGAGUAUGAGCGCCGAAGGGAAAAGUUUUUUGACGAGCUCGAGAUUGUUUUUGCUGACGUGGUAAUGGCCAUUAUAGCAGAUUUCAUGCUUGUUUAUCUUCCUGCUCCAACUGUUUCUCUCCGACCACCACUUUCAGUGAGUGCAGGAGCAAUUACGAGGUUCUUCCACGGAUGUCCUGAUAAUGCUUUUCAGGUUGCUCUGUCUGGAACUUCAUAUUCAUUAUUACAGAGAUUUGGUUCAAUAGCGCGUAAUGGAGCCAAGCUUUUUGCAGUUGGCACCACUUCAUCACUGGUUGGCACAGCUGUUACAAAUGCUUUAAUCAAUGCAAGGAAGGCUAUUGAUAAGGAUGCUGCAGCUGAAGUGGAAAAUGUGCCUAUAGUUGCCACUAGUGUUGGCUAUGGUGUCUAUAUGGCUGUCUCCAGCAACCUCAGGUAUCAAGUUCUGGCUGGUGUUAUUGAACAGCGAAUUUUGGAACCAAUGUUACACCAGCACAAGGUUAUGUUGAGUGCAAUUUGCUUUGCUGUUAGGACAGGCAACACAUUCCUUGGUUCACUCUUGUGGGUGGACUAUGCCCGUUUGAUAGGAGUUCAAUAGACCUCGACAGCGAGUGACCGAAUGGACUCUGUCUUCUUUUUGUCUCUGCAAAUCUCAAAAAGUGAACCUAAUUCGCUAGGUUUGAUUUAAGUUAAAAUGAACAGGAGGAAGGUUCCAGUUUACAAUUUAGUUGUUUAGCUCCGUUAGUCACAGUGAGAUCAAUCGUGACUUUUUCUUUUUUGGGUUUGAUUUGAUUAUCUUUGACUUUCCGUUGUUUCUAUCAUUUUUCGUUCUUCUCUACCCCUAUCUGUAAAUUUUGAGGUGAGGUUGUGAAGUUUUCAUUCUCUCCCUCGGGACAGAGUUUGUUAUUGCAAGGAAAUGUAGUAAACUUUGUUUCAAGUUAAUAAGGCCUCCCACGAAUACAGCUUUAAAGUAACA